AGUUGGUGGCAGAACCUGGCAUGGGGCAGAGGAUCAGUGGUGGCUGGGCUGUGGGCCGCUUCCCACCGACGGAGGCUGCUGUGGGUACCUGAACCCGUAGCAGGUGUCAGGGUCGGCCAGCUCUGGGAAGCGGUGCCGCAGCUGCUUCUGGAGGGUCAGCGUCUCCCACCAGGACUUGCUGUCGAUGCGCACAUCCCAGUGCUUGUUCACCACCAGGAAGUCACGGCUCCGGUACACAACACACAGGUUCUCCACGCUGCCUGGCUCCAUGGUGGCUGCAAUGCAGGGCAAGUACAUGGAGCGGGGUCAUGGGGUGCCCAGCCCACAUCAGGGCCCUGCCCACCUGGCGUGGACACCCCUGCUCCCCAGGGCCCUGGGUCUGAAGCCACCGAGGCUGUGUCAGGCAAGCUUGCAGACCUACUGUGUGCUUGCACUCCCACCUCUGAGUCAAGUAGCAGGGUGUCAAGUAGCAGGGGUCUGGCCAAUAUCAGGGGAGCUAGUGUUGCCCUAGGCUCUGGCUGUGGGGCAGUCCUGCCAGACCUGGGCCUGGGGAGAAGCAGUCUUGCCCUCCAGCCUGCUCCCACGGACCCUUCCCGGACGGGCCACGGACGCGCGAUAGGGGCCUUUUCCUGAGUGGAGUGCGGUGCAGGGCAGGGGAUGGGGCUCUCCCUCUCCCACAUAGACGUGCCCUGCCCUGCCUCCCCUCCGAGGAACCCUCGCCUCCCGCGUCUGAUGGGCACAGGCGGAGAGGUGCCCGGCGGACUCCACUGCGAACACUUCCCGCGCCCCUGCCCAUUCCGAGAUCGACCUGCAGCUGAGCUGCGCCGUCUGGGCCCCCGAUGCUGCUGCCCGGCCCUGGCUCCUGCCCUCGCGUCUCCCUGCCUCGUGGCCCAGCAGCCCCGGAGCAGUCACUUGGACCACAGAGGUGCGCCUCGCCGGGCCCAGCCUGGGCGCUCAGUCCCGCCCACGUCCCGCCCACGUCCCGCCCACGGCGCAGACGGGCGGCCGUGCUGACAAAUGGAGAGCGCCCGGAUCCCGCCGCUCCAGCUCCAACGAGCUGCGCGCUGGGCGCGGGAGGUUCGCAGCCGGCGGCGGGCGGCCAUGGAGGACUACGAGCGGGAGCUGUACGGCGUCGAGGAUGACUUCCACAGCCAGUUCGCGGCCGAGCUCGAGGUGCUGGCCGAGCUGGAAGGGACAACCGCCAUGUCACCUUCCAGAGACCCCUGGCCCACCGUGGGCCGGCCCCGCCUGACGUUCGAGGAGACCAUUGCUGGAGGGAACGCUGCCACUCACUGCUCUCCAGGCGGACCUCCAAGGAACAGCAAGGGCGGUGCCAGGAAGAGGCAGCUGGCCGCUGACAUCCACGGGGACAGACCCCUGCCCCCUACCCCCAAAGUCAAACGGUCCAGGCUGGAGGCUGCCAGGAGACUGAACUUCAGAUCUGAUGAGAUGGAAGAGCCGCUGCCUCCUGACUCCCCGACUCAGGACAUCACCCCCCCACCGAGUCCUGAGGUCCCUGCUGAACUAUGGGGCAAGGGGCCCUUGGACACCGGGGCUGAUGUGGGUCUCACUAAGGCCUCGCCAGCCGCCCGCAAUCCUGUCCUGAGGCGGCCCCCUGUCUUGGAGGACUACAUCAAUGUGACCUCCACGGGCGGCGACCGGGCCUUUCUAGUGCUUCGGGCUGACCCAGUGGGCACUGGGGUCCAGAGCCCUCUUCUUGACAUCCGGUGGCGUGGCCGUGGCCAGCUGGACCUGCUGGGUGUGUCCUUUGCCUCCCUGAAGGAGAAGAUCGACAGCGAGCGGCGCCAGCGACUGCUGGAAGAGGCCCAGCGGCUCUCGGACACACUGUGCAGUCUUAGGUCAGAGGAGGUGGAGGAGGGGCCCCAGCCCUCGGGGGCCUCUGAGGAGGAGCCGGCUGACAGCCAAGAUGCUUCCCAGCAUUGCCUCUGGGUGGAUGAGUUCGCACCGCAACGCUAUACGGAGCUGCUCAGUGACGAUUUCACCAACCGCUGCCUCCUCAAGUGGCUGAAGCUGUGGGACUUGGUGGUAUUUGGCCGAGAGCGGCCCACCCGGAAGCCCAGACCCAGUGUGGAACCGGCCCUUGGUGGCAAGGAGGCCACAGCCUCCAGCAAGUGGAAAAGCCACGGACAGGUGCUAGAGGAGAUGCUGGAGGCUGAGCUGGAUCCAAGCGGGCGGCCCCGGCAGAAGGUGGCGCUGCUGUGUGGGCCCCCAGGGCUGGGCAAGACUACCCUGGCCCAUGUGAUUGCGCGGCACGCUGGGUACUCUGUGGUGGAAAUGAACGCGAGUGAUGACCGCAGCCCUGAGGCCUUCCGAACGCGCAUCGAGGCAGCCACGCAGAUGGAGUCGGUGUUGGGCACUGGUGGGAGGCCCAACUGCCUGGUUAUCGAUGAGAUCGACGGGGCCCCCACGGCCGCCAUCAAUGUUCUCCUGAGCGUCUUGGACCGCCAGGGCCGACAGGAGGCAGAGCCAGGGGGCCCCGCUGUGCCCACGGGCGGGGGGCGGCGGCGCCGGGCGGGAGGGGGCAUCCUGAUGAGGCCCAUCAUCUGCAUCUGCAAUGACCAGUUCGUGCCCUCCCUUCGGCAGCUGAAGCAGCAGGCACUCCUGCUCCACUUCCCGCCCACGCUGCCCUCCAGGCUCACACAGCGGCUCCAGGAGAUCUCCCUGCGGCGGGGCAUGCGGCCUGACCCUGGCGCGCUGGCGGCCCUCUGCGAGAAGACAGACAACGACAUCCGCGCCUGCAUCAAUGCCCUACAGUUCCUGCAUGGGCGGGGCCAGCGGGAGCUGAGCGUUCAGGCUGUGCAGACCACACGCAUUGGCCUCAAGGACCAGCGCAAGGGGCUCUUCUCCGUGUGGCAGGAGGUCUUCCAGCUGCCCCAGGCCCGGAGGCACCGCGUGGGUCAGGACCCGACCCUGCCCACCCACACACUCCUGCUCAGUGAUGGACACGUGGGUUCAGGGCCCCUCGCUACCAAGGUGCCCCUGACCGCGGCCUCUCAGCGGUUCUACCACAUCUUGCAUGUGGCCGCUUCUGCGGGUGAGCACGAAAAGGUGGUCCAGGGCCUAUUCGACAACUUCUUGCGGCUGAGGCUGCGGGACUCCAGCUUGGCAGCCGUGUGCAUAGCACUUGACUGGCUGGCCUUCGACGACCUGCUGAGCCGGGCCGCCCACCACGGCCAGAGCUUCCAGCUGCUGCGCUACCUGCCCUUCCUGCCCCCGGCGUUCCACCUGCUCUUUGCCUCCAGCCACGUGCCGAGGAUCACCUUUCCCAGCAGCCAGCAGGAGGCCCAGAAUCGGAUGAGCCGGACACACAACCUGAUGCAGACGCUGGUGUCGGGCAUCACGCCAGCCACCCGCAGCCGGGCUGCACCGCAGGCGCUCAUCCUGGACACCCUCUGCCUGCUCCUGGACAUCCUCGCACCCAAGCUGCGCCCUGUGAGCACACAGCUGUACAGCGCCCGAGAGAAACAGCAGCUGGCCAGCCUCGUGGGCACCAUGCUCGCCUAUAGCCUCACCUACUGCCAGGAGCGCACGCCCGAUGGGCAGUAUGUCUACAGGCUGGAGCCGAACGUGGAGGAUGUCUGCCGCUUUCCCGAGCUGCCCACCCGCAAGCCCCUCACCUACCAGGCCAAGCAGCUCAUUGCCCGUGAGAUUGAAGUGGAGAAGAUGCGGCGGGUGGAGGCCUUGGCCCGGGCUAGGGUCGGCCCCCAGGUGGACGGGGGUCCCCUGGGGGGCACUGGGGAGAAAGGGGCGCAGCCAUCUGCCCCAUGCAGCCACGAGCAGCGGCUGGAGUGCAUCCUGAAGAGAGCUGCCCUGGAGGAGCAGCCCGAGAGGGACUUCUUCGGUCGUGUGGUUGUCAAGAGAGCGGCAGCCCCGAGCACAGAGCACGCAGCCCCUGAGACUGACACGGCCGAGCAGCGCAUGGGCACCGCGGUGGGCAGGAGCGACGUCUGGUUCCGCUUCAAGGAGGGCGUCUCCAACGCCGUGCGGCGCAGCCUGUACAUCAGGGACCUGCUGUAGCCUGGGCCACACCAAGCCCCCAGGAUCCAUGCUGCCACCUUGACUGUGCUAGAUACUCUGACCCACACUUGACGUCCCCAGGAUCUAUGCUGGACACUGUGGGGGCCGUGCCAGACCCCCCUGUCCAUGCCGGACACUCUGGGGUUGUGCCAGACACCCUGGAUCCACACCGGACACCCUGGAGCCACACGAGAUGUCCCCAGAUACACACUGGGUGCCUGGGUGUUGCUUUCUCUCUCCUAGAAAAUGUACAAAAGCAUGUACAUGCUUGAAAACUCUUUAUAAAAGUCACACUUUUA